UAUCAAAGUCAUUAGAUUAUCGCGUUAUCAACGACAACACUAGUCAAAGAUUUCAAAAAUGGCACUUCGUGGCUUUUUUCUAUUUGGAUUAAUAUAUAUUCUAUUAAUAACAAUAACAUCGGCAAGAAAUGUUGAAAUACAACGUGAUCUUGAAACAGCAGCGUCUGAUCAUCAUCAUGAGAAAGGUGGUGGCGAUGAACAUCAUGAGGAUCAUCAUCAUGAAAAUCAUGAAAAAGGCCACAAGGGUUAUGAAGGUGAUCAUCAUCAUGAAAAAGGUGAAAAGGGUCAUCACGACAAGGAUCAUCAUCAUCAUCAUUUUGAUGAGCAUGGCGGUGAUAAGAAACAUCAUCAUCAUGAUGAUGGUUAUCAUCAUCAUCAUCAUAAAGGUGAAAAAGGUGAGAAAGGCCAUAAAUUUCAUGAGAAAGGACAUUAUGGUAAGGGACACAGUACAAAGGGACAUCAUGAAAUUAAGAAAUUAGAUGAAUUUAAAAAAAAUAAACAUUUCCACGAUGAACAUCAUGACGAUGGACAUGAGGAGCAUCAUGGUGGUGAUCAUCAUGAGCAUAAGCAUAAAAAGGGACAUCAUCAUAAAAAAGGACAUCAUCAUAAGGGUCAUCAUGAAAAACAUCAUGGUGAGAAGGGUCAUCAUCAUAAAGGAAAACAUCAUCAUGAUCAUAAAGGUCAUAAAGAUGAGAAAGGUCAUCAUGAUCAUCAUCAUCAUCAUCAUAGUCAUGGCAAGAAAGGUGGACACGAAGAUCAUAAAAAGUGGCAUUUUAAGAAAGGACACUAAAUUCAAUUUUUUAAUUCUAUUAUCUCAUAAUUAAAAAAUUUAUUUUAAUUUGUUAAAAUUUGUUUCAUUAAAUAUUGACUGUUAUUCAACAAAGAAAACAUACAUUAUUAUAUAAUUUUGUUAUUGUUAUUAUGUUAUAUAUUCAUCUAUUGUAAAAUAUUGACUGUUAUAUUAAUGACAUGUAAUUUAAUAAAAAAAAUUUU